UCCGCAACUUGCAGCUGUUAUAGCUCGGGUCGGAGGUUACUGCACAAACAUUCACCACAAAGGCGACAUUACAUGCAUAUUCUACAUAAUAUAAUCCCAAGGAGCAAUAGCGAGUACAUACUUGUUUCAACUGUGUUUUGCUUAAAGUUUGCAUCAUGUCGGCGAUCCAGCGAAUGAAAGUGGCCAACGAAAAACACAGCAAGACUAUCACACAGCGCGGACAUGUCCAGAAAACAACGAGGGUGGUGAAUGAGGAUAAGUCACCAGUGGGGCCCUGGCUUCUGGCACUCUUUGUUUUUGUGGUGUGUGGGUCAGCCAUAUUCCAGAUUAUCCAGAGCAUCAGGCAGGGCUUGUGAUGAGCAUGUGUAACAAGUCACCACCAGCCAUGAAGAACCAGCUGACCCUUUGGCGGAGAUAACCCCAUGAACUAUCCACACACACUCCCCCUCCCUGCUCGGUUAAUAUUCUAUCCUCUACUUACCUUUACUCUCAAGUUUACUAUGAAUAAUCUUAGGUUUUACAAAUUGUGAAAGACAGAUUUUUUUCUCACCAAUAUGGUAUUACUGUAGUUGAUAGAAUUAGAUCAUGACUCCCUCAAACUCUAAAAGGUAGAUUUGUUCCUAAUUUGGAUGAUCUGACAUCUUAUUUAUAGUAUAACCUUUUAAAGAUUAUUGUUGGAAGAAACAUGAAUUCAAAGGUCUUUAUAAAUGUUCCAUUGAGUGAUUGAUGGAUCAACCAGGAAACCUGAGGUUUUUUAUUGAGUUGCUUUAAGGUAGCUGAAUGUCACCUUUCAGGUUUUUAUUAAAUGUUCUGGACCUUGGGUCUUUUGCUUCCAUUUUUCAUCUGAAAGACACGCUGACCUGCACACUUAGUUAUAGAAUUUAUAGUAUCACAUUUAAGACAUGGGAAAGAAACAAGUUUGCUAGAUGAUUGCUAGAAACCUGCGGGGGCAUGUACAAGUCCAGGAAUUGGGUUGAGAGCCAUAUUCCAGGGUUACAGAAAUGCAGAUUUUCAAGUUGAAUUAAUCAUAUCUGUACUGUUUUUAAGUGCUGUCUGUGUAUUGUCAUUUUAUACCUAGCAUUCAUUUACCUAUGUUAGCUCUAUAAAUUCAAUUCAGACCCACCACAAUCCCAACACACACACACACAAAGCAUUUCAUAAAAUUCUCCAAGUAAUUUGUUUCCCAAUUAUGUAUUAUUGCUCAAAUUCUUUUAAAUGUUCUUUGAUUGUCUUUUGAACAAUUUGUUGGUACACACAAGUUUUAGAAAUGAAAAGGUUAAAUGGCAGUCUUUCUAUUUGCUUAUAAUUAUGCUGAUCUAUGGUAUGUUUUAGUUAAGGUACACUUAUGGAUUAUUGCUACCUAUAUUGAGCUUGUAUUUGUCUUAUUUUAAAUAUAAAAACCACCUUUGUGAGAAUUCAAUUGUUUUAUGACUGUUGUAAAAUGCAAUUUUAAGGUUAGUCACUAAAAAUGCAAUAAAGUGUUACCAUGUGUGGAUGUGUUUAGCAAAAUACACUGAAAACAAAGAUUCAAUCAGUAAACACAGACAUGCCUGUAACCUUGAUACAGGCCAGAGGAGAGUGGGCUCCAGGUGCACAGACCUUAGUCUCCUUAUCAGUUUUGGUCUGUUCCAUGCACUACUGAAUGUUCUCAUUCAAAUACUGGGCUGAACAUCCCCCAUUGUGUUUGUGAUCUAUGAAGAGUCCAAUCGGACUUACCUUAAAUUUAAUGGCAGUUUUUAAUUGAAACAGUCUGUAAUUCCAUGUCCGCAUCAAUAGCCAUAAUGUGACCAUACCACUGCCUCUCACUGGACAGAUGCUAUGCAAGGGUUUUAUACAAAUAAAUAUUUUCUCAAAAACA